AUUACUCAAACACCUCCUCAGAUUAUCCUCAAACUCCUCCUCAGAUUAUCCUCAACUCCUCCUCAGAUUAUCCUCAGACCCUCCUCAGAUUAUCCUCAAACUCCUCCUCAGAUUAUCCUCAGACUCCUCCUCAGAUUAUCCUCAAACUCCUCAAACUACUACUCGUCUAAUCCUCAGACUCCUCCUCAGAUUAUCCUCAAAUCCUCCUCAGAUUAUCCUCAGACUCCUCCUCAGAUUAUCCUCAGACUCCUCCUCAGAUUAUCCUCAGACUCCUCCUCAGAUUAUCCUCAGACUCCUCCUCAGAUUAUCCUCAAACUCCUCUCAGAUUAUCCUCAGACUCCUCCUCAGAUUAUUCCUCAGACUCCUCCUCAGAUUAUCUCAACUCCUCAAACUACUCCUCGGGUCAAAUCCUCAGACUCCUCCUCAGAUUAUCCUCAACUCCUCCUCAGAUUAUCCUCAACACCUCCUCAGAUUAUCCUCAGCUCCUCCUCAGAUUAUCCUCAAACUCCUCCUCAGAUUAUCCUCAGACUCCUCUCAGAUUAUCCUCAAACUCUCAAACUACUCCUCGGUCAAAUCCUCAGACUCCUCCUCAGAUUAUCCUCAAACUCCUCCUCAGAUUAUCCUCAAACUCCUCCUCAGAUUAUCCUCAAACUCCUCAAACUACUACUCGGUCUAAUCCUCAGACUCCUCCUCAGAUUAUCCUCAAACUCCUCAGAUUAUCCUCAAACUCCUCAAACUACUCCUCGGUCAAAUCCUCAGACUCCUCCUCAGAUUAUCCUCAGACUCCUCCUCAGAUUAUCCUCAAACUCCUCAAACUACCUCUCAAAUCCUCAGACUCCUCCUCAGAUUAUCCUCAAACUCCUCCUCAGAUUAUCCUCAAACACCUCCUCAGAUUAUCCUCAAACUCCUCAAACUACUCCUCGGUCUAAUCCUCAGACUCCUCCUCAGAUUUCCUCAAACUACUCCUCAGAUUAUCUCAGACUCCUCUCAGAUUAUCCUCAAACUCCUCAAACUACUCCUCAGACUCCUCUCAAAUUAUCCUCAGACUCCUCCUCAGAUUAUCCUCAAACUCCUCCUCAGAUUAUCCUCAGACUCCUCCUCAGAUUAUCCUCAAACUCCUCAAACUACUCUGUCU